CAACAAGAACAAUCUUCCAUCCACAAUAUCCUCAAAAUCUAUUACGCUUCAAGCUCCUUAAAAAUUCAAAAACUUCACAACUUUCAAGAUGGUUCAACUCGCUCAAGUCGCUAUCAUCUUCACCACCGCUCUUGCCGGCUUCACUACUGCCAAAAGCUGUGAAGAAAAAGACAUGGUAUUAACAGUAUGUGACACACGCGAUUACAUCAACAAGAUCAUCACCAAUCUGCGGGCCAACAACAUGCCGACGGACGACAACACCAUCCAGCAGUCCCUGUGGAGCUGCCUCGAGCACGGUGAUAUCCAAUUCAAGGAGAUGUGCACCAGGGGCUGCGUCGGCGGCGACAAGAAAGAUGACUACUGCACCGGAUCCCCUGACGCUGGUGGCGAGAAGAGGGACGAGCCCAUCUUCUGGGAGGCUUAA